AUGCCACCACGGAUUAGAAGACGUAUUACAUCCUCGAAACGAGAUGAAAUUGAAAAGUUACAAGAAGAACUGAGUCAGCAGAUUGUACGACCGUUUGAAAAUGUGCACAACUUUCCAGUAACAUAUUCAUCAACUGCACAAGAGUCGUUUCUCCAUCAACCAUUAACAAUUAAGGAUACUGGUAUUUUGUAUCUUUCUAUAAUUCGGUCUCGAGCUACUUAUUUGCGUCUGUGUCCAAUGUUCCAACUAUAUUGGGUUAAACAGUCUAGCUAUAUAAAAAAGCUUCUCGAGAAGGAUAAACCUGUUCCACUGCAUUUAACGAACGAAGGUGUUUCUGCUAGUCGAUCAAGUGUCCUUAACAACGACGUUAGCGCAAGAGACAUCAUGGUUAAACUUUUAGAAUGCGGGUUGACUAUUGGUGUGCACUACUUUGACAUCAGAGUGUUUAUUGCCAAGGAUGAGCGUAGCAACACCAAGGAAGAAAAGAUGAGACUUAAACAGGAGCGACUUGAGAAAAAAGCACAAAAGGAACAAGAAAAGUUGGAACGUAAAUUGAAGCGUGAACAAGAAGCAAAGGAAAGAGAAGAAAGAAAGCGACUUAAGGAAUUGGAGAAGCUAGAAAAAUUGGAAAGAUUAGAGAAGCUAAAACAAAGUCCUGCCCCUACUGCUGCUCCUACUGCUGCCCCUACUGUUGCUCCUACUGCUGAUACUACUGCUGCUCCUACUGCUGAUACUACUGCUGCUCCUACUGAUUCUACUCAAGCUUCCACUUCUACUGCUCAAAUACCUGUUGCUUCCACCGAUGCUACCGUUUUGCCAACAGCAGCUUCUGGACUGUCAUUAGGAGAUGUGUCUAAUCCAAUUAAGUUAACAGGUGUAAAGGAUGAAAAAAUGGAGAACGGUGAUGACGAGUUAAAAGGUAUUUCCAAAAAUGAAAACCCAGAAGUAAAAUUAACGAAAAGCGGAAAGCCAAGAAAAGAACGCAAAACCAAACCUAAAGCACCGAAAGAACCUAAGCAACCUAAACAACCUAAACAACCCAAAGCACCUAAACAACCUAAACAACCUAAACAACCUAAACAACCUAAAGAACCUAAGCAACCCAAAGCUCCUAAAGAACCUAAAUUGUCUAAAUCAUCUAAAACGAAACAACCAUCUGAUGACAUGCAAUCUCCCGAGAAUAGACUCAUGAUUGAAAAUUUAAACUACCUUGCACGUCUCGAUGUGUCACUCAACGAGCUUAUGAACAAAGUAGCAAGCGGGAUGGCACUGGUACCGGAAAUAUUACUUUUCCAAAAGUACAUUGAAAAAGCAAGGCAAUUAGGACACCCUCCACACAAUGAACAAGAUGUUCUUCAGUCUUUAGCGGCAAUCAAAAAUGGAGGCAAAUCUGAAAUGAUCGGUAUAAAUCGAGAAUUAAGUUCUGUGCAAGAAGUGCAACUGGAAGCAGAGAAAGGUGGUAGUGGACGCAGCGUUUCGAAGGAGGUUCUGUCAGAAACAGAUAUUAAGACCGAAGAGAAGGAUCAUAAUCCAACUCCAUCUCUGUUACUGAGUCAAGCAAACAAUGUCGUCGAUGCCAGACCGUCUAAGGAUAAUUUAUGUUCAGACCAAAAUGCAUCAAGCAAUUUCAAGCACAACUUUCGAGAUCAAACUAACAGCGCUCCGGAAGUGCAAAAUGAUAUUGGCUCCACCAGUUCGCCAAUAAAUUCCAAGACUUCUGAUACGAUGCAAGAACAAAACGACGCAAAGGAUUUGCGACCAGAUGUGGAACACGGUCUAGUAGAACUCGAAGCUCCAAAGCCGUCCACUUUAGUAACUAAUCCUCCAGUGGUGGUCCAGCUGGAAAACGAUUCUCCGAAAGAUGAUCAGGUUAAAAAAUACACCCUGGUGCAACCUGAACAUCAGACUCAACCUGAACUUGAACAACAACCUCAAUCUGAACCUCAAUCUGAACCUCAAUCUGAACCUCAAGCUCAACAUCAACCUGAACCACAACUUGAACAUCAAUCUCAACCUGAACCACAACCUGAACCUGAACAUCAAUCUCAACCUGAACCACAACCUGAACAUCAAUCUCAACCUGAACCACAACCUGAACCACAACCUGAACCACAACCUGAACCACAACCUGAACCACAACCUGAACCUGAACAUCAACCUCAACCUGACCAUCAACCUCGAUCUGAACCUCAAACUCAACAUCAACCUCAAUCUGAACAUCAAUCUGAACCUAAACCUGAACCUGAGCAUCAAUCCGAAGUUAAGCUCGAACAAUCACUGACUUUCAAAAACCCAGAAGGAGUUGAGACCGAGGCUCAACACGGUUUUCCAAAAGCUAGAGAUGCAAAAUUGACUGCUUUUCAGGAAAAAUAUCUGAAUGAUGCAACUGUGUUGUUUGAAUUCUUGGAAAAUCUCAACGUUCGCUUCCAGUUUCCAAAACAUGCGAUUUGCGAGGUUCUUGAACCAUCAACCAUGGUAAAUGCUGAAAACGGCGACAAUUCCGAUACAAGCGACAUAUUGGUAAGUUUUUUGUGGAUUCAUAACCAGCAUAAAGUUGACGAAUAUGAGUUUUUACUUAAAGAAUAUCAUGAAAAAAAGAAGGCAUUAGAGGAAGAGGAAGAAGCGGAAAAGGAAAAAGCCAGAAAAGAGAAAGAGGAAAAAGAAAAAGAGGAAAAAGAAAAAGAAAAAGAAAGGGAGAAGGAAAAUGAGAAUUCUGAUUUAAUGGAUAUAGACGAAAAAACAUCAUCAGUCGAUGGAGGUGAGGCAUCUUUGCUUGAAAGUAAUCAAACAGAUGAUUUAAGUAAUGAUGCUUCUUCCAUAAAGCUUCUAAAUAUCACAGAAGGCGAUAAGGAAAUGGAAACGGGAAACGAAAUUAAGGUACAAGAGAUCAGUGUUCAGGGAGAAGAAGAAAAAGAGGAUGCAAAAAGUAUUAAUAAUGAAGCUGAAGGAACCAAUGGUUAUUCACAAGAGAAAGCAGCUAUUGAUGAUUCUUUGAUGAUUCCUGCCAAGAGACGUGCCCCACCAAUUAGACGAGGAGGUAAAAAGAAGCGCAAGGGGCCAAGAUCAAAAAAACCAACGGCAACCGGAACUUCUGCUCCUGCUGCAUCAAAGUCUUUGAAGCCUCCGCCUGAGCCAAAUUAUCUUUAUUCGAGUAUGUCAUUCACCAUCCAUGGCAUACCAAACAAAUUUGUUCCUUUAUUUGUCAACAGCUUUCAUCCCGUAGACGAAGUUCGAACUAAAAUGGAACACAUCUUGGAAGUCGGAACAAGGCUCUCCCCGUACCAAUUGUGGUAUCAAGUUGAUGGCAAGUUGGAUGAAGAAUUAGCAGAGAAUGUUAGAGUCGAGUUGAAAAAUGAAGAAAAGAAAAUGACAGGUAUUCCGCAUGAAAAGCCCGAGCCGAGAAAAUACCCAAAAAGGAAGAGAGAGGUUAGAGAAGAUAAUACUGUUAAAAUUGAGGGACAUGUUGAUCCAGAGUUAAAUAUGCAUGGUGCAAGUUCAAGUGUAUCAAUGACCUCAAACACAUGUCCCGUUGCAAGUACAAAUAAUGGCCUGCAUAGCGACCAGGAACACGUCAAUAGGAAGCUGAGUAGUUCUCAAAUCCUGGAAUCUGUCACUGAGAAGGAAUUUACAUCGAAACCUGAAAGUAUAAGUGUUUAA